AAGGAACAUGCUAGAGACGUUAAUUCCAAGAAUACUUAACUAUCAGUAUGACACAAAUUUUAACAAAAAGUACUUUGUGGCCCUCUACAAUUUGGCCAAUGGCAUAGAACGGAAAGUAUAAAUACAUCACACUCCAGCCCAGAUGGUUCUCGGAAUUGCUUCUUUAUGUUUUCACACUAAAAGCUACAAUAUUCGACUGCUGGCCAAGUUUCUUUUACCUAGUUCGUCAGAUUCUGUCUCCAGCACCCAUGAAAACAAAAUAUGGGCAUAUUUUUACUCAUUGCAACAAUAACUACAUAUUCAGUAUCACAUACCAUGACUCGUGGAAAAUGAACUGACCAGAUGAUUGACAGACUGAAAUACUAGUAUAAACCUGAUUUAUCUAGUCAAACAGCUAUAUAGCAAAAUUUAUGCGGUGAAUGGAAUCAAACUUAACUUUUAUUUGCACCAAAACCAUUCCUUUUUCAUCACCUCAUUUUUUUAUACAUUUAGGCUACAGCAACUUAUUACUUCGUUCGACGAGCUUUUUAAAUAGCUGUGCAAUUUUAGAGUUUCUCGAUUAGUUUUAUUUGAGACAGUUUACGUUGCUCAGCAGUGCUUUCGGAAGAUCACAAAGUUUUGAUGGUGGAGAGUUAUCCAAGUUGGAUGGUUUGAUCGCAGAGUUGUCAUUAUCUUUCAGAACACCAUAGAAGCCCACUUACGUAGAAGUCGGUGCAUUGAAAAAAUCAGGUGAUACAUCAAUAAUUCCAGAGAAAAUGAACAUUUCUAAAGAAACAGAAACAAUUCUAUGGGAACCAGUUUAUACGAUGAAUAAAUCGUUAAUGAAAUGUUUAAUUCACGCAACAUUACAAACUCUACAAGAUUAUGCCAGUCAAUUACAAUUAGGAUGUAAUCCAACUGCGAUCGACAUUAUGAAUAGUAGUAAAAAAGAUUCAAAUCAAUGCGGAAAUAAUCUGAAUAUUGAAUAUUAUAACUGUUUAAAUAUACUUUUGCAAACCCCAGUAUUUGCUACAUCAGUACAUGGACAGUUAUUCAAUCCAGCGGAUUUAUGUUUUAGUGAUUUUUGUUUCACAACGCAAAAUAUGUUGUGUUCAUGGAAUGGUGCUGUUGGAACAGGAGCAGGUUUACCUAUGCCUAAAAUUUAUAUUAGUAAGUCUUUACAAGCUUUCAUCGCAUUCAAUCUUGAAAUUCUUCUACCUAUGAUACUGAAUUUAUUACAAAUUGAUGUCAAUGAACAACAGUCCAAAUCUCAGUCAAACAACCGGGAAAAUUCAAACAAUAAUUCUGAGAAAUUCUAUGAUGAUUUAAACAACAGGGAGUAUACAGAUAAUUUAUAUGAUGAUAGUCUGAGACUAUUGAUUUCUGAAGUGAUCAAUGUUUUACUUACUAUUUUAAAUGGACAUGGAUUAAAUAAGUCAUUCAAUGUUGAUAUCACUGACAACUCUGCUACGGAAAAUAAUGAAAAUAAAAAUGAUACUAUGGAAUUUGUCGGUUUAACUGCACAACUGAGUACAAUUACACUAUCUGUUGACUGGGACUUAAGUGGGAUUGAAAAAUUAGCUCUAUGUAUUUCAGAUUGUUUAAGUCUACGUGCAUUGUGUAGCUUGUUGGCAUCAAUAUUUGAUAGAGAAAAUGAGUCUCCAGUUAAAUCUUUCAAGUUUAAUGGACAGCAUAAUGUAACAUCCCUCUUCUUUGGAUGUGCAAAAGAAUACGAUGUAUCAAUACGUUUAUUGAGUGAACAAAUCACCGACAUCAGUUUAGUAUAUUAUUAUAAUAUUGGUUUCACAAUUGAAGAAGAUUUAAGUUACUUAAACAAAAUCAAAUUACUGUUGUUGCCAGACCAAUUUAAAUUGCGAUCAAAUCAAUCAAUAUUAGGCGCUCAAUCAGAUAUUAAACACUUAAGUAAACCUAUUCAAUCAAUAUGGUGUAUUUUGUCUAAUAUGUGGUCAAUAUUAAUUCAAACAUGUCCUGGAGGUUUAAGUAGACAGAUUAUGGCACAUGUUAGUUCAAAACUCUUAGAGUCUGCAGUACAACAACUUGAUGUUUCUAAAAUAAAUUCAGGUUUAGAUUUUUCUAUACAGUUUAGAGAUGAACUAUGGCUAAUUCUUGCUAUUGCGAAAUUCGCGCUUUAUCGAUCAGCUGAAACAAUAUCUGAAGUACUAGGUGUAGGUAAUCUAUCAAUUGAGUUGAAUACAAUUCAUACAACAGGUCUACUAACUACUCAAAUGCUAUUAUCGUGUUAUACUCCAAGACAUUUGUGGGAAAAACUUCAUGAAAAAGGAUUUUACAGUUAUAUAGUAGAAAAUACAAAUAAGACAUUUGAUUUCAGUUUAUCAAAUUGGUUAGCGAUUGUUGAUUCUACUCGAUUCCAUGACAUUCCAAUACAUUUAAUGAAAGAAAAUCCACGACAAACAGAACUAGAAAUAGAAGUGGAACUAUUUUCCGUAUCAGGCCAUUUUGAUCCUGUUAGAAUUAUUAGUUUGUUAACUUCCUGGAAUUACAAAUUAAGUCUUUUAAUAAUUGAAACAUUGUAUGCAAAUCAGUCAACUGAUAUUUUAACAGAUAAGGAGAAACUUGUGGCAAAACAACUGUUCAUCUCUAUACUUCGUAUACUGGAUGCAAUACCAGAAUAUACAGAUUUUUUAGGCAAAGUUGUGGAGUUAGUUAUAAUCGCAGGAUCAGAAAAAUGUAAAUUAUUAAGUCGAACACUAUUAGAUCAUAAAGAAUGGCCUUUAUGGUUUGAUGCAUUAGUGCAACUAUUGGCUGAACCACUAGAAAGAAUAUGGAUUCGUUUUAAAGAGUUAAAAAAUCAAAGAUUAGAAGAAGAUGAAUCUUUUCAUGAUUAUGAACUAGUGGAUAAAUUAAAUGAAAAUCCAACAAAUAUAUUGAUUAAUUAUACACCAAACGAAGAUUUUAAUAACAUAAAACAAUCUCAUAUAUGUACGUCACCAAUUACUGACAGAAAUCGUGACAGUAAUAACAAUAAUGAUAAUAACAGCGGUAAUAUUAAUAUAUCAACAAACAGUUCAACAAAACAUCAAUUGAAAAUCACUUCAAAAUUUGAAUUAGAAGAAGAAAUUGGUAAUUAUGUGAAUUAUUAUCAAAAAUGUGGAUGUAGUCAAGAAGUAUGGUUUGAAUUAGCUUGUGAUAUUAUACGUCUACCAGUAAUGAAUUGUUCAACAGGUUUACAAUUAGCAUUGACUAAAAUUAAUGAUUAUUUCAUUACAAUAAUUGAAAAUCAAUUAGUAGAAUAUUCGGAACAAAUAAAUAUUAAUAAUAACAAUUUAAUUAAUGGACAACAUUUUGCAAUACACUUAGUAAUAUUAUUCUUGAAUUAUCGAAUACAUGAAGAGAUUAAAAUAAAAACAUUAAAUAAUGAAUAUAAAACUCAACAGCAAUCGACAAUUGAACAAUUACAAUAUUCAAUAUUGUUAGAAUACUUGAAAUCAUUAUUGAAUGUAAAUGACGAAAAUGAAGACAUUUACGCUUGUAAAAAACGUGUGAGGUCAUUUUUAAAUGAAAGAAAUAACGAUGUGAAUGAUUCUGAAUCAUUUAUCCCAGGAAAUUCCAGUAGAAUUUUUAAGAAUAUACAAAAUCUACGAUUUGUACAACAUAAAGCUUUAUCAGACUUAUUUUUCAUGCAUCAAUUCUUACAUGCAAAUACUACAUGGAUUAAUGAAUUGAUCCGUAAUCAAAGACAAUGCUAUAAAACUCCAAUGCAUAAUAAACCAUAUUUUCAAUUAGACAAAUUAUUCAUUCCUAAUGUUGGCAUCAAAUUGAUUGAUUCUAUAGAAGAAAUAAACUGGGAAAAGAUUCAUUCUAUUAAUGUUGGUCUUCAAGAAUUAUAA